AUGGAUGCCUCCUGUCGCAUUGUUCCAUUCAUCUGUCUCAUUGUACCAGACGUCCCUCUCAUUGUACCAGACGCCCCUCUCAUUGUACCAGACGCCCCUCUAAUUGUACCAGACGCCCCUUUCAUUGUACCAGACGCCCCUCUCAUUGUACCAGACGCCCCUCUCAUUGUACUAGACGCCCCUCUAAUUGUACCAGACGCCCCUCUCAUUGUACCAGACGCCCCUCUCAUUGUACCAGACGCCCCUCUCAUUGUACCAGACGCCCCUCUCAUUGUACCAGACGCCGCUCUCAUUGUACCAGAUACCUCUAUAACUGUACCAGCUAACUCUCAUACCGUACCAGUCACCUCAUUGUACCAGCGAUCAUUAUCACUGUAUCAUUACCAUUACACAAUACCAUUAACGAGCCAUUCGAGUUGGUUAAUGACAGUAGUCCCUAAUUAA